AAACUGUAUUUGGGGGCGCGCGGGGGGGGGCAUAGUCUGCAGCAACUAGAACAGCCUGGCGUGUUUAUAAAAAAAAGAGAGAGAGAGGAAAAGGUUUCUGUUUAAAUACCUCCCUAAAGCGCCCUCUACUGGACCAUUGGGUGGCAGCGGUCUACUCUAGGAAAGAAAGUUGCACGUGAAUGGAAAAGACUGCAAGGCUGUUUUGAAUGGGCAGGGAUGGGAGCAGGUUACUGUAUUUUAGAUCGGCGUUUUUAAAAUUAUUGCGUAUUUCGCUUUCACUCCUCCCUUUCUCUCAACCGCUCAGGGGGGGGCACUUUAAUCUCCCUCUCCCUAUUUCCUCCCAUUUUGCAAAAGUAAGGUUAGGCUGAGAUAGAACAAGAGAGAGAGAGAGACUGUGACUGGCCCAAGGUCACCCAGUGAGCUUCAUGGCUGAGAGGGGAUUUGAACCCAGGUCUCCCCUGUCCUAGUCUGACUCUCUUAACUUUUAUGCCACACUGGCUUUUGGAUGCCCUUGGUGGGGGCUCUCGGUUUGAAUUACAGAGCCUUCCCCUUUUUGUCAGCCUCAUAGCUAUUGCUUUGAGGAAGCUAUAGAGGAGGACAUGAUUUGGCUGAAUUUGGGCGAGGGACGUGUGUGUGUGUGUGUGUGUGAGAGAGAGAGAGAGAGAGAGAGAAAGAGAGAGAGAGAGGAGAGCGCCUUCUGGAUCUCCCUACCCCCUCCCACACCAAGAAUUCCAGCAUUAGGCAUUGGAUGUGGCAGGGGUGGCCCUACCAUUGAACAGUGUGAGGCAGCUGCCUUAUAAAGCAGAUGCUUGUGAGCUGCAAAAUGUUGAAGUGUUAUGCCCCUUCCCUGGGGUCCCUAAGCUAUUUUAUGGUAUCUUAUGGUAUCGUGAAGGACACUGCCUCAUCGCCCAUGUCAGUGCCCAGUCCAGGUGGCUUCUGUAGGUGGAACUGAGGAGGACUUCCUGUUAUCCCUCUCCUUAGGUUGCAAAAUGUCUUCUGUGGGCCCUGACUUUGACCCCAAUCCAGAGAAAGUUGAGCCCGGAUCACAUGUGCCGUGACUCUGGGUGCCUGCAUGUGUGAAUUGGGCGUCACCACAGACAGAAUAUUCCUUAUCUCCUCCUCUGACAACAGCACAUUCACUUGACACCACUUGCCGCUGCUCAUUCAGGUCCGGUUCCUCGAUGCACGCCGAUCACUUGCGUUUCCUACUCUUGACGAGUGCAUGGCUGAUGCCAGGAAAAAGCGCCUGUGUUUUAGAUGAUGCAAGGAGAUACAGAAGCGGUCUCUGCCACGGUCCAUUCUGACAUGCAAGCCAUCCCUUUGCCGUGAAUUGGGCCCAACAAGUGCAGAGAAAAAAACCCGGAUGCCCAUGUAUAUAUGAACCAGCCCUUGGUCACUCUUGAGUCAUGAUGAAAACUAAGGGAAGGCUAGUUAAUUAAGAUUAGCCAAGCUUGUUUCAUUGAUUUCAAUGAGUUUCAUUCAUGAGACAUUGGAAGCCUUACAACUCUAGUAGACAGCAGGUUCUCCAGGGCCUUGGGCAGAGGUCUUCCCAUCACCUGCUAACUAAUCCCAUGGAAGCUGUCACUUUGCGUAUGCAAAUCACGUGCUUACCACUGAGCCAAGGCCCCUGCACAUAUUUGUCACUGGAUGUGGGCCCUUUUAUCCAAGUCCUGCUCUGCCAUUUCCUUGCUGCUCUAGUCUGGAACUGCUUGUGUUCCCUCCACAAUGCUUAUGCUGUGCUUGUGCUAGGACUGCUAAAAAGAGAGACUGACGAUUGAUGCUGGAUCAGUUCACUUCUUCUACAGAAGGCAUACAGAAACAAGUCUGCUGGGAUGAAUCAGCCAGGGCCAUUUCCUCAGCAAAAGUGGGCUGCAAUUUAAAUUUAGGAGCGGAAAAUCUCCAGAAAUUAGGCAUGUAAAUUGCGGCUGCUUUCUGCACCAUGAACAAGAGUUUAACCUUCAGUGUGAUUCUUAAAUGCUGCUCAGGAAUAUGCCUCUCAUCUGAAUAUUCUUUUCAGGAAAUCACAUGACUUAUGGGAAAUACUAGACCCAGGCUUGCUCUUUGGUUUUUAGUCUUAAUUUGUUAAUAUUCCACAUGUUAACUUAACGCAGCAGCAAAAGGGGGUGUGCUACAAAAUAUACACCUACAGCUAACCACAUUCUUGAUGAUUUUCCUCUUUUAAUACAUUUGUUUCCAAAAACUACAUUUGGCACAUUCACACAUUACAUUUUCUUGGUAAAUGCCUUUCAGUUUACAGUAUACUAAAAAAAAUGUUAUGUGUGAAGAGGCCCUUGGGAAUCACAGUAUAAACCUGGGACAGGCAACCUGUGGCCCUCCAGAUGUUGUUGAAAUACAGUUCCCAUCGUCCUUGACUAAUGCCCUUGUGGGCUGAGGCUGAGGCUGCUUGGAGUCAACAAAAUCUAGAGGUUCCCUAUCCCUGGCAUAGACUGUUACUGCCUUUAGAGCUUGCAGUAGUAGGUCUUCACCUGAUCUGCUCCAAAUCAUACGGACCAUGGAGAACAAAACAAAACCUUCUGUUUGGGGCCGCAAUAUAAACAGUCUUAACAUUAGGAAAAGGGCUUGGAAGAGAAACCCUACAGGUAGACCCAACAAUUAGUAUAAGUACAAAACCCUCAGCACUGCAGUGCUUCGUUUCCCUGAGCAUAGGAGCACAUAGAAGUCUUUGGAUAGUUAACGAAGCAUUCCAAUAUUUUUAACGGUGAUCACCUGCGCAUAAAUGAACCAUAUCUUCUCGCUUUGCAGAUUAGCUAAAAAUGCAUGUGCAGUACUAUGUGCUUUGGCCAUUCUUACAGCAGCAUUGUAAGGUAGGCAGGAAUUAUAAUCCAUAUGUUUGAGAUGUGAGGUCUGAGGCUGACAGAUUGUGACCUAAGGGUGCCCAAUGUGUUCAUCGUUGAACUGAGCUUCGAACGGGGCGUUUUCAGCUCACUCCUGUUAACCACUGUGCUUGAGGCUCUGCCAAACCACCCUCUUUGCUUAAGCCUGAUCAGAUACUUCCACAGCCUGCCAGUGAGGAAACAUGCUUACUUGCAAAGGCAGAACUCUUAGGAUGCCACAUGCAAGUUUCUCAGGUUGAAAUAUUGCCCAGAUUCUACCUGAACACAUACUAAUACCUUAAGGAAUCUUGAUGGCCCUGAAGGUUUAGGCCAAAGGGCCUCCAGCUCCUCCUCCUGUUCUCACAUUGGCCAACUGGGUACCUAUGGCAAGCCUGCAAGCAGGACCUGAGUGCAAGUUGUGAUUCCCAGGAACUGGCCUCGAACAGAGGAGGUAGAAGCCCUUGCCAUUGGUGGUUUUAUCUACCAUGAAUUUGUCUAAACCUCUUUUAAAGCCAUGGAAGUUGUUGGCCAUUGCUUACCUCUUGUGGGAGCAUCUUUGCCCAGAGUGCUAAAAUCCCUGCAAAAUAUUAAGGAUCUUAAUCCGCCUUGCAUUAAAGAGACUGGUCAACUGGACAUUGAUCGCAGUGAAGGAUUUAUUUCCACCAUCUCCUUCUCAUCCUCCUCCCUAUAUUGCAGAUCAUCACAUCCUUUGGAGCUGGAGCAGGAAGAGCUGUAUUUUCUCAUUACAGACGAUGUUCUAAUUACAACGAGACUCCUUGCUUCUCAGCUUACUUCCAAUAACAAAAGUUUUUCAGUCCUAGCUCCUCCAAGAAUCAGAUGCUGCUAGGUUUCUGAUGUGUUGGAUCAAUGCUAUUCCCAGCUUCUGUACAUAGCAGAGCAGAACUCCUAGAAGGCUGGUAUCGUCCCUGCAGGAUGCCAGUGCUGUUAAUUGGACAUGUUAAUGACAGUGCUAUCGAUAAAAGGUGGAUGAAAUCUGGAAGAAGCCACCUUUCCCCAGCAAUCUUCUGUUUACACACAAAGGGGGCUGAGUCGCUGUUAUUUUAUGGGCCCAUUAUGCCAACCUUUUUUCUUUUUUUUACUUUUUUAAAAACAAAGUAAUAAUAAUAAAUAAAUAAAAAUAAAAAGGUGUCCACCGUCCCCAAGACCAUUACAUUAUAACUAUCCAACCUCCCAAAAUUUCAAUACUUCUUGCGAUGGUUUAACUCCUUUCCGUUUUAACAGUGCAAAUUAUACAAAUACCUCCCAUAUCUCCUCAAAAUCAUUUCCCCUGAAUAUUCCCUGUCUUACCUUAUUAGCACAUGUUAAUUUAUCAUUAAUGGCUAUAUCCCACACCUCUUUAUACCAUUCUUCCAUUUUAUAUUCACCUUGCCCCUUCUACUUCCUAGCUAUCAAUAAAUUUGUGAGCAAGUCCUUCAUAGCCUGAGAACCUUCCACCCCAUCGUAAAUCGAUAACAAUGUUACCUCUGGCUUUCGGUCAGCUUUAACCCAGUGAUUUCUGUUAUCUCCUUAAACACCCUUUGCCAAAAAAAUUGUACAUAUUUGCACCCCUACCACAUGUGAACAUAAGUCCCGGUUUCCUGGCAUCCUCUCCAACAUUACACUGAAUAUUCCUUGUUUAUUUGAUUUAAUCUUAUUGGUGUUAAAUACCAUCUCCAUACUAAUUUAUAGUACAGUAAUUUUCUUUUAUAGACAACAUUUUCAAAGUGUGUUUCUCCCAUAUCACCCCCCCAGCUUUGACUAUUUGCCCUGUUGUCUCCCCCCCCACCUCUUUUAAUUGAUAUUGUUGAUCCUCCAUUUCUACUAUUUCAUAAAUUUCACUGGUUUCCCCUUUUAUAACUAUCUUUUCUUCUUUUUCUCCCCUUUUAAUAAUCUUUUGUUUUCAAAUUUUGUAUAUUCUUUGCAGUUCUUGUUUCCCCUUAACCACUUCUUUGUCCAUUGCUCCAGUAGUAUAAAGUUAAACCAAGUUAUUUUACUUCCUGUUGGAGUUUUUCUAAUUUGUUCUUUGCUUCUCAUUUUCUCCACCCAUUCAUUUAUUUUUUGUAUUUUCUUCUCUUUUGCUAUUUUUUCAAUUUCCUUUUUUAAAUAUACUGGGAAGUCUUCUAUCAUCCCCACCGGGAAUUUACUGGUAUCAAUUUUCCUUUAUAUUUCGCCCGUAUCUCAAUGAUGUUUCUUAAUACUGUAAUGGAUUUUCAAUAUUCUGCCAGCACUGCCUAUUUGGUUUGAUAAAAAAAUAUAUUCACUAACUUCUCCUUCAUUUCCUGUGUAUCACUCUCUAACCAUUCUAACUCUUUUUCUGUUAUCCUGUCUAUGAUAUAUUAAUUGAUUUGCUAUAUAAUAUAACUUUAUGUUGGGGAGACCCAGUCCACCUGUUUUCUGGGGUUUAUACCAUCUUCUUUUAUUAAUUCUAGGUUUCUUAUCCCCAUUAUAAAUCAUACCUUGCCAACCCUUUAUCUUAUGUCUCCGAUAUCUUUAUUGGUAACAUUCUAAAUAAAAAAAAUAUUCUAGACAAAAUUUUCAUUUUAAUUAUCGCUAUUCUUCCAAACCACGAAAGCUUAAUUUUCUUAUACACCCCCCCAGCUUUUCCUUAAUUUCCGUCUUUAAUUUGUUAUGGUUCUCUUGUUCUAAAUUUUCUAAACUGUGCAGAAAGGCCUUGAAAUCCCAGAUUACUGUUUCCCAUCAUCUCUGUCCUUUAGCUAUGCUGGCUGGUGCUGAUGGCAACAUCUGGAGAGCAAGUAGGUUGGGAAUGCAGACUUGACUCUGCAGCUCUCCAAGGUCUCAGACAGAGCUCUCGCACAGCACCUAAACAAAGGAAACUAGUACAAUAUACCGAGUCACACAGUUGGUCCGUCCAGCUCAGUACCGUCUCAUCUUCAGGAGCUGGUAGCGACUCCCCAGAGUCAGUGUUUUCCCCCUAGACCUUGCUGGAGAUUCCUGUGAUAGAACUUGUGACCUUUAGCAUUGCAAAGGAAGUGGUCUACUGCUAAGGUAUGGUCCCUCCCAACAGUCUCCUGUGCAAACUGCUUUGUUUUAGGUGGCAAGCCAGUCUUGGUAAAAGCUUAGUCUUGCAGCCUUCUGGGUGCGAUGCAGUUACAGUACUUUGGUGCAAUUGGAACACAAUUUCAUUUUUCUCCAGUUCUGGACAGGAACUGGCAACAGUCUAUGGAUAUAGGUGGCUAUACAUUUGAACUGUGGAAAUAUGAAUGAAUGAGAGAAAUGAGGCUGUUUUAAGAGAGGAGGAUCUAUACUGCAGUUUUUGGAAACAAAGGAGGAUUCCUAAGUUUGCACCAUAAUUGAACUUUGUACAUUUCAGCUGCUAAGGAAGACUUGCUGCCAAAAUGUGUUCAGCUGAUGUGUGGCCUGAUUUUAUAAUCUAAUAAUUCAGUAUUAUUAGAUUAUACAGUUAUAACUUUAUAGUUUAGGUUUUUUUCUUAGCUUAUGGAAAUUGUAUGUUGCAGUUGUUACUGCUUUUGCAAUAACGAAAGCUUAAAUCAAUUGUUAUUGUAAUGGGAUUUGUUAUUGAUCCCCGCACUGAAUUUCUUUGGGUACACACCUUGCAGUAGCCAACAGUUGCAGAGGGAAAAUCAGUCUGGCUAAAGCUCAGAAAGAGUUCAGGUUUGCAAGAGAGGUUAAAAUUAAUUUUAAAAAGUUUCUUCAGCUAUGUCCGAAGUAAGAGGAAGAACAAGCAAGUGGUAGGUCCUCUGUGUGGGAAAAACGGAGAAAUACUAUUGGGUGACAGAGGAAAAGCAAAACUUUAUAAAUGACUUGGAUGAAGGAAUUGAGGGGAUGCCCAUCAAAUUUGCAGAUGACACCAAACUGGGAGGGGUAGCUAAUGCAACAGAAGAGAAGAAUCAGAAUUCAAAAUGACCUUAACAGAUUGGAGAACUGGCCGCAAGUUAGCAAAAUAAAUUUCAAUAGGGACAAAUGUACGGUUCUGCACUUAAGCAGGAAGAACCAGAUGCACAAAUAUAGGAUGGGGGACACCUGGCUUACUAGCAGUACAUGUGAAAAGGAUCUAGGGGUCUUGGUGGACCACAAGAUUCAUAUGAGUCAACAGUGUGAUGCAGCAGCAAAAAAAGCUAAUGCUAUUCUUCAGAAGUAUAAUGUCCAGAUCAAGGGAAGUCAUAGUCCCACUCUAUUCUGCCUUAGACCCCACUUGGAAUGCUGUGUCCAAUUCUGGGCACCACAAUUUAAGAAGGAUGUUGACAAGCUGGAACUUGUACAGAGGAGGGCAACCAAGAUGAUCAAGGGUCUGGAAACUAAACCUUAUGAGGAGUGCUUGAAGGAGCUGGGUAUGUUUUGCUUGGAAAAGAGGAGACUGAGAGGAGAUACGAUAGCCAGCUUCAAGUUGCAAGAAAGGAGAUACCGACUCAACAUUCGAAAAAACUUUCUGACAGUAAGAGCUGUUCAGCAGUGGAACAGACUCCCAUGAGAGGUGGUGGACUCUCCUUCCUUGGAAGUUUUUAAACAGAGGUUGGAUGGCCAUCUGUUAUGGAUGCCUUAGCUGAGAUUCCUGCAUUGCAGGGGGUUGGACUAGAUGACCCUUGGGUCCCUUCCAACAAGAUUCUAUGAUCAACCACAAACCCAAUCCCCAUCAGCUUCAACAAAGUGUGGGGAUAAUAAUCCUGCCUUUCAUUAAAGGGCUGCUGUAAAAGCUGUAAGCUGUGUCCAACCACGUUGUAUGUUUAGUAGGGCCAUUGAAGUCAAUGGACCUGGUUAAUCAGGUCUCUUCAGUGGUUAUACUCAGAACAGGAGCAACAUUGCGUAUGUAUGUGAAGCCCUUUGCACAUUUGAAAUAUGCUCUGUAAAUGUUAAGAGCCAUUACUAAAAUAAUAUUUGUCUGUCUGUUAAAUUUAUAACCUGCCUGCCUACCAAAUGGUGUUCUGGUUGCCUGGAGCCCAUAUAAAGCAGCCAUGAGCCGGAUGUUUAGGUAAACAGGAGCUCUCUUUACAGAGCAGGAUGUUGUUACAGGGCUGCGUGGUGGAUAUGCAAUGGAUUCAGAUAAUCGGGCAUUUCUGAUAAAUGGUCUCUUUUUCCCCCCUAAAGAAGGUAAAUGGAAGGGUAUAAAACAGAUGCAGCAAAAAAUAAACCGGAAAUGCAAACUGAAGCUAAUAGUGCAUGCUUUGGAUUUUUAGUUGCCUUAUUCUUAAUCAAGAGCUGAAAAUAUAUUGGCAUGAUGCAGCAAGUGUGGGGCAAAAUCCAAUAGGCUUAUACAGUACUAGAUGAUCACAAUGGCCCUUUCAAAAUCAAUAGGCCGGUUUUCAGUAAAACCAUUUUGAUUUACAUCAAGUAGGACAAAGCGACCCUUUGCACAUAACCUGAGAAGGGAGGGGCCUCUUGCAAUAUGCUUCAUUUACCAGCUCUGUACCUUGUAGUCAUAGAUAGAGGAAAUUUCCAUUAGUAUAGGGAAAUGUUUGCUACAAGGAACGGGAAGAGGGACUUGUUUUAUGAAAGUGAGGAAUUUUGCUGUCAAGAAUAGGAAGGAAGCACUCUAGUUUUGCACAUUUCAAUAUAGGUUUGCUUGCUUUGUUUUUUCUGUAUUUACAUAGGCCCCCUGUGGCCAUAACAACUUACAACGAUUGUUCUCUUCCGAUACAAACACACAGACACACGCAUGCACGCGCACAAACAACUGGGAAGGAGGGUAAGGGCCUGUUUCAGCAAUCUAAAUGAUGGUUUCACUGAACCAGGGUUAGGGCAACAAACCAGGAUUAGUACUAACCCUGGGUAAGUGGUAUGUUUGCAUCAACCUAAUAGCUUCCAAAAUGUACAGUAUUUUAAGUCACGGUUGCUUUUCAGUCACAAUGCAUUAUGCUUCCCUGUUUUCUUUCUCACACACCCAUAUUGUGAUGAUGAGAAACACUUUCAUUGCUACAGUAUGCAGGUGUGUUCAGCAGAAGUUGCAGCUUUUGCGCCUAUUUUGGGAUUCUGGCACAUAAAACUUGUUCCACUAACAUUGCUGUGAGUCUGGAGAUAUUCCAGGCAGGUAAACUCUUUUGAAUCCAGACGGAAGUUCGGUGAAGAAAAUCUAUGAAUACAGCUUUAUGGCUACCUAAGAGCAAAGAGUUCUGUUCUGCUUAAGUCUCAUUCAUUGUAUAAAGAGUUUCAGAAGGACUUGAGUUGCCUUACAAGUUUCUGGUUGUCUUUUGUCUUAGGGUGAGUUUCAGCUGUUCUUUGCUAAUCCAACCAACCAAGCACAACUUGGAUUCAGCCGCCUUCUGGGCCCUGUGGGUGUGUCAGGGGAUGUCUGUGUGCUUUAAUCUUUGUAUUAGAGACAGAUUAUUAUAUUAUGUUUUAGUUUUGGCAUCUCUCUCUCUGGUCUCUUUCUCUCUCUCUCUCUCCUUUGCUUACUGCUUCUCCUUGACAACAUUUAUUGCGAUGUGCAGCAUAUUUUUAGCAACAGUAGUCAGUAGGCUUGUAUGUGGGCGGCUUGUGGAAUUAAUACCUGUAAUUUCUGUAAAUUGUGCAAAGUGCCUGACAUUGGCGAGAUGAGAGAUAGGACUGCCCCACUUCCAAUACAUGGUUUGACUACUGAGUAUUGUAGGGUUGUAUGAGUCUCUAAACCUGCCAAGGCCCAGGUUAGAGGUAUGGGCUCCCUAGUAAAAUAUUUACAUAAGGUCAAAAUGAAGGUCACUUUCAGGAAAGAUAGCCAGUGUGUAGGAAGCCAAACUUAGAUCUGGAAAAGUAGAUUCAAGUUCCUACCUUUGGCUGUACACUAACAUGAGGUCCUAGUUAAAUUACUGUCUGCAUUCAGACUUAUUUUGGACAUAAUAAACCAAGACAAAAAAAGAGCCUUUUAGGCAACACACACAGCCCCUUUACACAAACCAGCAAGCAAACCAAUAAGUCUUCCACUUAUAAUUUCCCAUAUUUUUCUGAACUGGGGAAUUACGGUUAAUGGCUUUGAAACAAACCAGGAUAUGAAGCCAACUUAAAAGCAUGGCCUAAAAUCCUGGCUUCAUCUGAAGCCAUAGUUACCUGGUUUGGACAAAAUGGAAAGCUAUAGUUUAUGAAAGGCUCCCCAGUUUGUUCACUUGCCACAGGCACCCAAACAGGAAAACAAAGGGACUCUGUGUGUGGCCAACAGGCUAUUAAGCCAAGAUAGGAUCCUCCAAAUGUGAACACUAUCAGUUUAAGAUGUCCACUUAACAAAGUUAAACAAGGUCAACAUUAAUAGAGGCUAGAAAAGAUGAAGACCAGACCCAGCAAACGGGAGCAUCAUAGUAAGAGACCAGAUUUACAGCUAGCCAUUAUCUUGUACAGAUGCAACCUUAUUCCUGCUUCUGCCUUUAUUCCUGCCUUGUCAAGUCAUGGGGUGUGGGACAGAGAGCCAGCUGGAUACUAGAAUGUGCAAUAGCAAAGAGAUUUAACUGAUUUUUAACUAGAUUUGCAGUGUCAUAGUUUAAAUAAGCACUGUACCAAAAACUCAGGUGGUGCUGCUGCUGCUGCUGCUGCUGCUGCUGCUGUUGUUGUUGCAUUGACCUUCUGGCUUGCCACAUUCAUAAACUUCAGACAGAGAAAACAUGAGGAAAUGUUUCUGUUGUCCACCGGGAAGUCCCUGCAUUGCAAAACAUGAUAGACGACAAUAGGAAGCCACUUUCGGCUCCAAAGGAAGGGGUGUAGCUCAGGGGUAGAGCAUCUGCUUUGCACGCACAACGCCCCAAGUUCAAUCCCCGGGAUGUGCAGAUAAGGCUGUGAGAGAUCUCCAUCCGUAGAGACACUACUGAGCUAGAUGGACCAAUGGUCUCAUUCAGUAUAAGUCAGUUUCCCGUGUUCCUAGAAAUAUAAUAGUAAUAGUAACCAUCCCUUCAGUUCACUCAACACUAACUCCAAAACAUGUAGUUGCUACCCAGACAACAGGUGAAUCCCUUCUAGGUAUUACUCAUGAAAUUUACAUACAGAAGAUUCUCAUUUAAAAGAUUUGGAACUAUAAUUAGGAGCCUGAUGCUGUAAUUUAGUGAAAGGAAAGAACACACGGAAAGGUUAAGAAACCGAACACAUUUAAAGAACAGUCAAUGAGGAGACAGAAUGGAGAGACGAAGCUCUUUCUCACUCCGAACUGUACAGCUCAACAAAGUUGUCCAUACUUACCCGAGCGCCAUCGAACACAGUGUGACUUAUUCUGAGUAAACAUGCAGGCAGUCACUCUGCGUGACAGUAAAGGCCUUAGUACGAUACACAUUUAUUUGGGAAUAAUCCCCACUUAACUCACAGGGAGUUACUUCUGAGUAAACAAGCAUAGGGCAGGAUUUUUUUCAAUGAAUCCGGGGACACUUUUAAACUUCAAUGGGUUUUGUAUAGGGGCUGAUUUCUAAAUCCAGGGACUGUCCCGGGGAAACGGGGACGUCUGGUAACCUUAAUAUAGGGAAGAUGUUUCCUUGAACUGAAUCUGUGCUAUGAAACCUUAUGUCUCCACAUUAAGACAUGCAACUGGGAAUCAAUUCUUAUUAGCCCUAUGGGAGAGGUACUCUGAAAAGAGUAAUUGGCUGUGGAAAUUUCCCGCAGCCAGUUUUCCGAAGUUUAUGGUUCCUGCUUUGAGUGUCAGCUUGUCUAGUCUGUCUUUCUCCACAGUCACGUAAGUAAGUAUCUGAUGCAAAGGCAUGUUAUUUCUUUCUAUUUUAAAAAAGUUUAGUGUUACCCUUUCUCUUUUCACACAACAACUUGCAACUCCUCUCAACCACUAGUUAAAAUGAAAUAAGGUAGAAGCACAGGUAAUUAAAUUGUGGUAUUUGGAAAUCUGGGAUGGGAAGCUCUCCUAGCAGGUGAGAAGGCAGCUAAAGGAUAGAUUUUUUAGAAUAGUGGUAUCUAUUUAUAAUAUACUUACCAUAAGUGCACCUCUAUGCAUGCCUCCUCAGAAGUAAGCCCCAUUUAGUUAAAUGAGGAUGGUUUGUAUGUAAGAUUGCAGUCAGCACCUUCCCACCCUCCUGAAAAAUAUAGAAAAUUUAGAAAUAUAUAUUUUACUAAAGGCUAAGAUGAGCACAAGGAGGAAUAUUUGUGUGGUGCUUCAAUAGUUUUGCACCAGAGCUGCUUCCUUUUUUUGCUAUAUAUGGUUUGUUUAUGUGCUGUGCUUUAUUGCUGGUUAUGAACUUUUGGUUGCAAUUAUAACCCACUUUGGGACCAUCUUGUAUGAUGGAUAGAAAUUUUUUAAAUAAAACAAAAAAGUGAAUUCCUAUCGUGGAUUUCAUUGCAUCCAUACAAAUUUCCAUGCUGGCAAGAAUAGCCUGAGACUGAGGGCUUAUCCAAACUUCCCUUUUCCCGCUCUUUCCAGGCACAGCCCACAAUAUAAAGCUCUGUGUCUGAGUGCCCUUAUUUUAUUUUAUUGCUUUUGAUUUUUUCCCCACGAAAACACGCUCUUUAAAUCUCAAUCAGAGCAAACGUCACUCAGUGGAAAACCCAAAAAAUUAUUUGCUUCAAUUCAGCUUUAAAGAGUGUAUUUUUUUCAGAGGCAAAGCUCAGGGCAAAAUGAUAAUAAACAACCACACUCAGACAUGGAGCGUUAAAAUGUGGACUCCUUCCUGGAAAGAGCGAGGUUGAAAGGUAAGUGUGGAUAAGCCCUAUAUGCAUUUUUCUCCUGUUACAUGAGGUCUGAAAGCACACUUGUCAGCAGAGCUGUGAAUCACAUAGGGAUGGAAGGAAGGAAGGAAGAAAAGUUUUCAUGAUACUGAAUCCGCUCCAGCAGUGUUACUUUGCUGCAGAAGCUCCCAAACCUCUCAUUGGCAGAAACAGAUACCGGGUUUGAAUUUUCCGUAUGCGCUUUGUCUCUCCUAAGUGCUGGUGGGUGAAAAGAGUUCCCAUACAAAUGUGACGCAGUACUUAGUCAUGGAACAGAAAGGUGCACAAAGCAUUUGUGCACACGGGAGUAAUAAGGCUAAGGAAAUAACUGGUUUCUGGAAAAUUGCAAAGCACUUCUGACCGAGGCAAAUGUUCGAAACACAAUUAAAGUUCAUGGCACAAAAGUGCUUUUCUGUACAGAGUUCCAAUCUUGGGUUAUGCAAAGCCUUUGGUUUGUUUCCCUCUUAAUGCUUUGGGUUUCUGAAAGAUAUGUGCUCUCACAGCUGUUUGUAGGUGAGUCCCUCACCUCCCCAAUUUAUUCUUCCUGUCUGUUCACGGCAUCCGUAAUCCUCGCUGCCUGACAUCACAGUUGUUUCCGUAGCAACAGAUUAUGAUACUGGAACAAAGGAUAAUGUCAAACGAGAGGAGGGAAUAGGUUACAGUAUUUGUGUGUGGCAGUGCAUGAUAAUAACCCUGUAUCCUAAUUUAUUCCUGGGACGGGUCCCCUUUCUAUUUCACUUUUCUGAUAGGAAAGAAGUAGCAACAAGACCAUACAUUUACUGUUGAUAUCUUCUCUUGCCAAAUGUAAUUUAACUCAAUUGCAACUCCAAAGUUAUUAUGUACUACUUCUCUGGAUAGUUAGUAAUUCAUAGGGACCUCAAAUUAAGUCUCGGGACUUUGUUAUUCAUGAAAUAACUCAGGAGCUGCACAACAUUUACUUAAUUUAUUGCCAGAACUACAACUGGACAAACUGCUGUCUGAGGUAUAAGCUUGCCUGGCAGUUGUUUAACUUUGGGGUUGUUUCACAUGGUCUUUUUUUGGACGUACAUGGAAAACUUUUCAGAUUUACACUUGAAAAGACAAAUUAGGAAACCCUUUAUCAAGUCAACUGGUAAAGGUAAAGGGUAAAGGGACCCCUGACCAUUAAUUAGGUCCAGUCGCAGACGACUCUGGGGUUGCAGCGCUCAUCUCGCUUUACUGGCUGAGGGAGCCGGCGUACACCUUCCGGGUCAUGUGGCCAGCAUGACUAAGCCGCUUCUGGAGAACCAGAGCAGUGCACGGAAACGCCAUUUACCUUCCCGCCAGAGCGGUACCUAUUUAUCUACUUGCACUUUGAUGUGCUUUCAAACUGCUAGGUGGGCAGGAGCUGGGACCGAGCAACGGGAGCUCACCCCGUUGCGGGGAUUCGAACCGCUGACCUUCUGAUCAGCAAGCCCUAGGCUCUGUGGUUUAGAGCACAGCGCCACCCACUGAACCCCUGAUAAUAUUAAUCUGAUUAGGCUAGUAAAAUAAUAGACAAUCACUAACCUUACUUAAGCAUUGGGGUGGAAGGAUAGCAAAGAGUACAAACAUGGUGGAAUAGAAAUGAUUUUACUGCUGAAGAGGGAGGGUGAGAACAUGCACAUAGAACUUGCUCUUUGUGUCACUCACAGUUGGAAGAAAAGCAGGUAAGGGGCAGUAGCUUAGUGGCUGAGGAUGUGUUUUGCAUGAAAAACGGGCCCUAAUUACAACCUUUGCCAUCUACAGGUAUGGCUGGGAAAGAUAUUUCACUGAAAUGCUGGAGUGUCAUGACACCAGAGUCCAGCAAUGACUUGAGUUGGGGUCUUUAGUGUUGCCGGCUAAGGAACCAAACCAGGUUCCUGACUCUGAGCCUAAUGCUGGUGAAAAGGAGACCAUUGAGGCCAAGGCUGGCAGUACCACCUGGCCCAGAUAUCACAGCACAAGGGUCUAUAGAACUCAAACCAGAACCAUCAUGCUACCCUAAUGCUAGCUGGUUGCCGUUAAUUGUUUCUUUGGCACACUUUAACUUUCUUUGCAUUGUGCCCAUUGAGUUUUUCCAAGUGCAGGUGUGAACUGGCCUAGUGUUGAGUGACUCCUUAGAAGUCCUAAGAAGUUAGAGAUUUCUCAAUGUAUAGAAGUGAAGGAGGAGCAAGACGUAAUUGUCUGUUUUAGCCAGCCAACAUUUGGAAGCGGUUUUGAACAGGUUUACUUACUACCUUGCUUUUAGAGACAUUGGUGGUAAUGGGAGUUUUCCUUCCCAUUUGUGUAGCGAUGGAGGGCAGGGAACAAUUAUAGUAGAAACCCUGGUGGAGACGAAAGUUUAAGCUUCUCCUUAGCCUUUUGUCACAGCAUUUAUAUUGCUUGGGUUCCUCCGCCCACAGCCUUUUGCAUUUUUCUAAAGUGCACCUUAAAUGUAAAAUAUGUUUAGUGUCAUGUUUAGUUUGGCAAAAGAUGGAGGGAGUUGACUAUGAAUAAAUGGAAGUAUGCAAGUGAAAGCUGCCUUGGUGGUGGCUUCAUGUCUGUGAAACGGUUUUUUCACUGAAGUAUGUUUCUCCCCAGCUCUGUAUUCUUUCAGACACCAGGUAAAAACUCACCUUUUGGCCAGGCUUUUAGUGGCUGAUGGCUUAAGUCGUUUUAUGGGGUUGUUAAUUAUGCUAUUUAUGAGAAAUUAUUUUUUGUUUAUUAUGUAUCCCCCCCUCUUUUUUUUGUAAGCUGCCCUGUGACCAUUUUUGGUGAAUGGUGUUAUACAAAUGUCUUGAAAUACGUAAAUGGAAUUGAAAAGACAAUAUCUCUCGAAGGAACAUUUUACUCACAAUAAUAAUAAUAAAAUUAAUGGUCUUGUCUUAUAAAAUUGCUGCUGUUUUCCUAAGAAACAAUUAGCCUUUGAAUAGGGUUGCCAUACCAUUGAAGAGCAAAAAAGAAGACAGUCAGAGCCACUGCCAGCCUGAGCUAGGGAAAGAGGCUUGGGUUGGCAGCAGCCUCAGUGUGCAGAGUAGCCUGAGGCUGAGAAACCGGGACGUUUCCUUUAAAAUGUAAAAAUCCGCCCAGAUGGGCAUGUUGGUCCCCAAAAAGAGGACAUGUCUGGGAUUUCCCGGACGUAUGGCAACCCUACCUUUGAAUGAAGGCAACUGGCCAGAGCAAAACCCAAUUUAGACAGACAUCUGAUCCUGAUUUCCGUUUGCAAACCUAAAACUGCAGAUGUAGUAGAUUUGUUGGAGCUGAUUUGGUGUCUAUUUUUUAUUCUUCUUAACAACACUGAAAGCUGAGGAAUCUGAGAUCACAAUAUGAAGCUGUCUUAUACCAAAUCAGGCUAUUGGUCCACCUAGCUUCCUAUUGUCCAUAUAUGUGUCUUGUAUUGAUCAGUUUGCUCCCCCCCCAAAAAAAACCUCAGCAAGUGUCUCCCAAAAUUUAGUUUCUGCACUGGCUGUUUUAAUUUACUUAUUUGGAAUUAGAUUAUUUCACUGCAGAAGAUUUAUACCAUGCCUUUGGAUUUAAUAAUCCUGAAACCAGCUUCCAGUUUCUUCCAAACGUGUGUGUGCGCGUGCACACACACACACACAUCCUUGUAGAACUCAGCAGCUAGGGAUGGGAACAAGACUUGAAUGAGUUGCUCUGUUUGUUAGUGGCUCUGGCUCCACCUACUGCUUGCCAGUCCCAUUGGGGACCCACCAUUACUGCACACAAACAUGCCCCAAGCCCAAAAAGCCCAGCAGCCAUUGGCUGAUGGAUGGGGGCGGAGUGUUCUUCCCUUUAGCUACCCAGUCCUGGGACAACUGGCAGUUGGCAGGGAGGGAGGAAUUGCUCCAUCUCUGGCUUAUGGAUGGAACAGGUUGGUUUCCCUUUUGCCGUGAUGUUCUUCCUGGGAGGCAGUGGGAUGCAACCCCCACGGUGCAACCGAAGCAUGAAUCAAGUUAUUUCCACGUUCUCCGCUUGCCUGACAAAAUGUGGAUACCCUUUAAUUCUUCAUGUUGACGGGCCUUCAGUCGCAUAAAGGAAUUGAUUAACAAAGCUGUAGGAUGCGAGAGGGAACGAAGGAAGGAGAGGGAGAAUGGAUAUAAAUGUAAGGGUUUCCUCCUCUGACUUUGCGAGGAGGUAAAAGACAAAUGAAGUGCCUGGAGUUAAUCAUAAAAAAAAAAGCCUCAGUAGCUUGCCAUUUGUUUUCAUAUCAUCUCGUUAAUGCCUGACAAUGCUAAUAGUCAAAUUCCUAGGAUACCUAUGUCAUCUCUUCACAUACCAAGUAAAUUACUUCUUAGCAGGGCUGUAGCAGUACAUGGCACUGAUGGGAACAUUUGUUAUAAAUGACGGAGUGAUGGGCAAAAAAUCUCAAAUUACUUCUCACUGGGCUUGCUCGCACAUGGACGCGUUGAGCACUAGUGUUGGGGGUGAAAACGGCCCCCUCCAUUUUGCAGAGCCAUUUGACGAACGUGUGUGUGGGGCAUUUUGAGAGAUUUUGCUGGAAAGGACAGGGUGAAGAUAAAUGCGUUUUUCAGGAGACUGGCUUACCAUGAUCAAUACUGCACAUGGAAGCAGAGGGUUGCAAUCCUGUUUGCGCCGGUAGUAAGGGAGAAGCUUUGCCAUUUCUCCAGGUGGUUGGAGAAGAAUCGUAGAAUUGCAGAGCUUGGAGGGACUGCAAGCGAGCAUCUGCGCCCAACCCCCUGCACGGCCGGACUCCUUUGCCCAAUGUGGGGCUCAAACCCAUGACACCCUGAGAUGAAGAGUCACUGAACCACUUAAGACGCAGCAAUACAGCAACAUUGAGAAUAGCCCACGUGAUAGCACAGUGUGAUUGUCAAUGGACCAGUUUCAAUAAGGGACACCUGCCAACAGACUACGGGUAAGGAAGGAGGUUCUGCCAAGGUAUGGCCUCACAUGUGCAAGUUUUCUCCCCUCACACCCUUCAAUCAAGUGCCUUCUGUAGCGUGAAGAAACUGAAAGUGGAACCAAGUUCUAACUGGGACAUGACUGGGUACGGCACACAUAGCAAAGUCUACAGUCAGAGCAAGAACGUGCAGCCCUCUCAAGCCGCCGCCGCCGCCAUCAACGCCUCUCUCCAGAUCCCCAACCCCAGCAUCCCUUACGAGCAGACCAUCAUCUUCCCAGCCAGCACGGGGCACAUUGUGGUGACAUCCGCCAGCAGCACCUCCGGUGUGGUUGCAGUUCCUGGGCAAGCGUUAGGUGGACCACACAACCUGAUGCGUCGAAGCACUGUGAGCCUUUUGGACACCUACCAAAAAUGUGGACUUAAGCGCAAGAGUGAGGAAAUUGAGAACACAAGCAGCGUGCAGAUUAUCGAAGAGCACCCACCAAUGAUUCAGAACAAUGCCAGUGGGGCUACGGUAGCCACCACAACCACAUCCACGGCCACAUCCAAAAACAGUGGCUCCAACAGUGAAGGGGAUUACCAGCUGGUGCAACAUGAAGUGCUUUGUUCCAUGACCAACACGUACGAAGUGUUGGAAUUCCUUGGCCGCGGAACCUUUGGGCAAGUGGUCAAAUGCUGGAAACGUGGCACCAAUGAAAUUGUGGCCAUCAAGAUCCUUAAAAACCAUCCAUCUUAUGCCCGGCAAGGUCAAAUUGAAGUGAGCAUCCUGGCCCGGUUAAGCACGGAAAGCGCAGAUGAUUACAACUUUGUCCGAGCCUAUGAAUGUUUCCAGCACAAGAACCACACCUGCCUGGUCUUUGAAAUGUUGGAACAGAACCUUUAUGAUUUCUUAAAGCAAAACAAGUUCAGCCCAUUGCCCCUUAAAUACAUCCGACCAAUUCUGCAGCAGGUAGCCACGGCCCUAAUGAAAUUGAAAAGUCUGGGCUUGAUUCAUGCAGACCUCAAGCCAGAGAACAUCAUGCUGGUGGAUCCAUCUCGGCAGCCAUACAGGGUCAAGGUCAUCGACUUUGGUUCUGCGAGUCAUGUGUCAAAGGCUGUGUGCUCGACUUACCUUCAGUCCAGAUACUACAGAGCCCCUGAAAUCAUCCUCGGUUUACCCUUCUGUGAAGCAAUUGACAUGUGGUCUCUGGGGUGUGUAAUUGCAGAACUUUUCUUGGGUUGGCCGCUGUAUCCAGGAGCUUCAGAGUACGACCAGAUCCGAUAUAUUUCACAGACACAGGGCUUGCCAGCUGAGUAUUUACUGAGUGCAGGGACGAAGACUACGAGAUUUUUCAACAGAGAUGCAGAUUCGCCGUAUCCGCUGUGGAGGCUAAAGACACCGGAUGAUCAUGAGACAGAGACGGGGAUCAAGUCAAAAGAAGCAAGAAAGUAUAUUUUCAACUGUUUGGAUGAUAUGGCACAGGUGAAUAUGACAACAGACUUGGAAGGCAGCGAUAUGUUGGUCGAAAAGGCAGACCGGCGGGAGUUCAUAGAUCUGUUAAAGAAGAUGUUGACGAUAGACGCGGAUAAGAGGAUAACACCGAUUGAAACGCUCAACCACCCAUUUGUCACCAUGACGCACUUGCUGGACUUCCCCCACAGCACCCAUGUCAAGUCCUGUUUCCAGAACAUGGAGAUCUGCAAGCGGCGGGUGAACAUGUACGAUACCGUGAAUCAGAGCAAGACCCCAUUCAUCACUCACGUGGCCCCAAGCACAUCAACCAACCUUACCAUGACCUUCAACAACCAGCUCAAUUCAGUUCAUAACCAGGCCACCACCCUGGCUCCCACCUCCACCACCAGUGCCACUAUUUCCUUAGCCAACCCUGAAGUCUCCAUACUAAACUACCAAUCUGCACUCUACCAGCCCUCGGCAGCCUCCAUGGCCGCGGUGGCCCAGAGGAGCGUCCCCCUGCAGACGGGGACGGCGCAGAUAUGUGCUCGCCCCGACCCCUUCCAGCAAGCCCUCAUCGUGUGUCCUCCAGGCUUCCAAGGGUUACAGACAUCCCCUUCAAAGCAUGCUGGGUAUUCAGUCCGGAUGGAGAAUGCUGUUCCAAUAGUCACUCAGGCUCCUGGGGCUCAGCCCCUUCAGAUCCAGCCAGGACUUUUAGCACAGCAAGCCUGGCCUAGCGGUACUCAGCAGAUCCUGCUCCCCCCAGCUUGGCAACAGCUGACUGGGGUAGCCGCCCACACCUCAGUCCAGCAUGCAGCUGUAAUUCCGGAGACCAUGGCAGGAACCCAGCCCCUGGCAGAUUGGAGGAGCACACACGCUCACGGAAGCCACUACAAUCCCAUCAUGCAACAGCCGGCACUUUUAGCAAGUCACGUCACCCUUCCAGCAGCCCAGCCCUUAAACGUGGGUGUCGCUCACGUCAUGAGGCAACAGCCAACCAGCACCACCUCCUCUCGGAAGAGUAAGCAACACCAGUCAUCAGCAAGAAAUAUAUCCAACUUCGAGGUGUCCUCGUCUCAGACGGUCAGCUCCCCACAGCGGUCUAAGCGAGUAAAGGAGAACACCCCCCCUCGCUGCGCCAUGGUGCACAACAGCCCCGCCUGCAGCACCUCUGUCACCUGUGGGUGGGGUGAUGGGGCUUCCAGUACCACACGGGAGAGGCAGCGGCAGACAAUUGUCAUCCCCGACACACCCAGCCCCGCCGUCAGCGUUAUCACGAUCAGCAGUGACACAGACGAGGAGGAGGAGCAGAAACAUGCACCCACCAGCCCCCUGUCUAAGCAAAGGAAAAAUGUCAUCAGCUGUGUAACUGUGCAUGACUCCCCCUACUCUGAUUCCUCCGGCAACAACAGCCCCUAUGCAGUGCAGCACCGAGGAGGGAACAACAACGGAAACAGCUACGACACGAAGGCAGCACCGGAAACGCAUUGCAACGGCAACCCCCGGACGAUCAUCGUGCCGCCACUGAAAACGCAGGCCAGCGAGGUGUUAGUAGAAUGUGAUAACUUGGUACCAGUCACCACCAGUCACCACUCGUCCUCCUACAAGUCGAAGUCCUCCAGCAUCGUGACCUCCACCAGCGGUCACUCUUCAGGGAGCUCGUCUGGAGCCAUUGCCUACAGGCAGCAGCGGCCAGGACCACACUUCCAGCAGCAGCAGCCUCUUAAUCUCAGCCAGGCCCAGCAGCACAUCACGACAGAUCGCACAGGGAGUCACCGGCGGCAGCAAGCCUACAUCACUCCGACAAUUGCUCAGGCACCCUAUUCCUUCCCACACAACAGCCCCAGCCACGGUACGGUCCACCCCCACCUGGCCGCGGCUGCAGCUGCCCACCUCCCCACGCAGCCUCAUCUCUACACAUACACUGCUCCAGCGGCUCUGGGCUCUACGGGGACGGUGGCCCACUUGGUGGCUUCCCAGGGGUCGGCCCGCCACACUGUCCAACACACCACGUACCCAGCCAGCAUCGUCCACCAGGUUCCCGUCAGCAUGGGCCCUCGCGUCCUUCCAUCACCCACAAUCCACCCAAGCCAGUAUCAGGCUCAGUUCGCCCACCAGACCUAUAUCAGUGCGUCUCCAGCCUCCGUCUACACUGGAUACCCCUUGAGCCCCACCAAGGUCAACCAGUACCCUUACAUCUAAAACGCUGGAAUGAGAGGGCGGCAGAUGGGGAAACGACAGCGGCUCCCGCUGAGAGGGAAACACGGCUGCUUUUGUUUUGAAGGACACCGCAGGCGAGCAAACAAUGCAAUGGGAGGCUCAAACGAAACUUGAACAGAUGAAACUUUGAGGAAGCGGAAAGGAGAGCCGAGUCGAUGCCAGUCCUGCGCUUUUUAUUUAAAAAAGGAAAAAGAACAGAAAAAAGAUAAAUCAAAAAAACAAACAAAAAAAAAAAAACAUUCUGCACCAAACUACGUAGUGGGAGAAGGUGGAAGGGGCCACCGUUGUCUGGUCCCAUUUUUGGAUAACUUCCCCAGUAGAACUUUUACAGAUUAUUUUCAUCUGACUACGUUUAGGAAUUUGCUGUUCAAAACCUCCUAAUACAAAGUUUCAUAGGUGUUUGGGUAUAUAUAUAUUUUUAAAUUAAAACCAAGAAGCAUACAAAUUAGGGAUUUAUCCAGAAUUUCAAAAGGGUUAUCGCUUUUGUCAUUUGCACUGGUUGCUGUAACCCAAAAUAAAGGAACAAUGAAAAAUGUGAUGUGUUUUCUGUUGGGAGGACAAAGCAGAGCGGGGGUGAGCAUAGGAUGAGAGGUGCUUGGACUGUUCCAGCUCCCUCAUUCUCAGGCUUGGCAGUAGAGGCAGGUUAGAGAAACACACUCACACACACACAGCAGAAAACACUAUUGGGUGAAAUCAGGGGCAAUAGAGAUAUUUGUUCUUACUCUUAAGCACCCUGGAUAAAUCCCUGAGAAUUGUUGUUCUUAAAAGAAAAGCGUAUUUAAUAAUGUACAAUAGAAUCUCAUCUUCUUUACUCUGGAAUAUUUCUUUCUUUCUUUCCUUUUGGGUAACCCUUCACCGUUUGCAGUCCAAUCCUAACGUUCUCUGCUCCAGCAGAUAAAUGCAUACAUUGGGACUGUGCUUGGUAGCUAACCCAUCACAGCGCCACAUAGCAUGGUGCCACACUAACAUUGCUGUGACAUUGCUGCCCCGUAUUGUGAGCAGAUAACACAAACCCAAGUGUUUAGGAUUGGGCUGUUAGUGUAGGAGUAGUUCUAGCUUGACCUUGGUAGAAUGUAGCACUAUAUGACACACAACACCCUUUUUUCUACUUUGUGUUAAAUUCCAAUGAUACCAAUAGACUAUUCCUCAAUGUGAUUGCACAAAAAAGUGAUAUAACAUAGGCAUGUAACAAAUGUGAUUGUCCAGGUAUAUAUGUGAGUGUGUGUGAGAGAGUGUGUGUAUGUGUGAAUGUGCGCAUGGGCGCACUUUGAUGCUGCCUUCUCUUGUGGUGUGGUCCUCAGCACAGCCAUUGCAAACUGUCACAGUCUUAGUUUUACAUCAUUCCCUUGUAGUGCCUUACCAAACUAUAGUUGCAGUUUUAAGGGUUUACUUCCACUGGUACGCCUAGAAACUGACUGAGGCUGGUUGGAAAUUAAUCUCGAUUCUUUUUUCCUCUUUUGACUGUUCUUUAUUGUUGCUUUCCUUCUUCUAGACUUUUUGAUUCUUCUUCUUCUUAUUUUCAUCUUUAUUGGGUAAGUUGCGAAGGUCGAGGGAGAGGGGCGGUGUGGAAUUUGACUGGAGCGAGGUGGAAAUGGGAAUUUGAAAGGACCCAGGCUGGCUCUUAGGCCCGAAAGCAGCUUUCCAAAUAGUUCCGUUUUGUUGGUGGAGUUACAGAUUGAACUUUCUGACAGGAUGCUUAGUCUUUGCAGCUUAGUAUUCUUACUAAAGCAUAAACAUAAGAAGAGGGUAGGUGAGUGGGGCCAGGCUUGCUUUGGAUCAGAAACACUUAGUACCUCAUGUUAAAUUCCUAUGUCUGGACUGGGGAGGUGGGGGGGGGAGAUGAUUAGCUGGGACAGACUGUAUAUAUAUUUUCACUUGAAUGCUUUCAGUGAGGGGAAAAGAAAUAAGAGAAUUGGGAGGACUUGUUUCUAGAGCAUCAGACUCAGGUUUGCUCCAGAAGUUGUUUUUUUUUCUGGAGACGUGGCACUUGGGCAAAGCCACUGGCACUACCUUGGACUGGGUUACGCAACCUUAGCAGGAGGCCUGAGCCCAAUGCCUGGCGGUAAGGGAGUUGAUCACUUCUAGGCAGUGUGUUCUGAAGGUCCUUUGCCCAUUGAAAUGCUGGAGGUAAGCCUGACUUAGAGACACAGUGAUGAAACGCAUCGUGGCUCACGUGGUGCUUUCUUCAUCCCCCCCACCAUCUCAUUCGUAUAGUGGAUAUUUUAUUUUAAUCACUGUUCAGGUUUGCUAUCUGGACUCUGUAUCCUCAGCUCCGAAUAAUCUGAACGCUCUUUUAAAACAAACAAACAAACAAACAAAUCAAAUUUCCAAAGAGAAGCUUUUGUACCAUGAAGCAAAGUUUAGAAGGAAACCGUAAAACGCUACACCAAUGCAAGUGGGUGCUUCUGCUGUGUCAGUGCUUAGUAUUAUUGUUGUCGUUGUCGUUUGUUCCCUGUGGAGAUGUACUUGUAUCGGUGGUCUGAGGCCUGUCUGCCUGCAUAGCCGCUCAGUACCGCAACAGCUGUAUUUGUGACUUCAGACAAAGGAGUGUUUAGGCAAUAUGGUAAGAUGUUGGGAUAUGGCAGGUCAGUUAGCUGAGAGAAGAGGGAGGGAUCCCAGGAGUGGUAAAGGCGAAAAGGUUUCUCAAGAGGUAAGUUGGCAAGAAAGACAAGCACAGUUGUAAUAUCUUGAAGCGGGCACUCGUGUUUUGCCUGGAGGGAGUGAGGACGAGCUCUCACCAUGAAUACUUGGUUGGACACAGUUGUUUUCCUACGACAAAACCCUCAAAUUAACCCUCUUUUUUCUCUUUUAAAACUGAGCACCAUAUGGUUUUCUUGUUUUCUUCCUUCCCCCCACUAAACAUCAUAAUGUAAAUCCUAGUCUGAUCUUUCAUUGGUUCAUGCACCUUACCUUUUCACAUUCUGGCGAAAACUCUUUCCAGUUCCUAUCCCAUUAAAUAAUUCUCCCCAAUUUCUCAGUGUUACACGUUUCAUUCCUCCCCUAUCCUAUCACAUCUAGAGUGGAAGCUUCAUGUGCAUGUGUCAUUGAGAGGAAGAACUUUGUUAUGUUGUUGUUGUUUGAUUGUUAUUAAUUUUAAUGUGUUAUAAUUAUGUUUUACUCUUGUUUUACUCUUGCACAUGCAUUUCUUUGUAUUAUUAUUAUUAUUAUUAUUAUUAUUAUUAUUAUUAUUAUUAUCUCUUAAUAGGUGAAUGGUUGUUAUUUAAGUAGGAUUCCCCCCCCCUGUGUCAGUGGCAUCAGAAUGCUUGUUACACAUGUAGGAUUUGCAGGGAAAGGGAGGAACAGGGAAACUGGUUGAGAAACUACGGUAGUCUAGAUCACAUGAAGGAAGAAGCAGGAUUAUAGACCCAGUUGAGUUGUAACAGGAAACCAUGGUUUGCUGCUAAGUGAAUGAGCUAUGGCAAGUGCUGGGCUCUCAAGUUUCCCCCUUCUCGCUUUUUUCCCCACACAAGCAAGGAGUUGCUCAGAAGCAUUCCUGUUUUAAGCUAACCACAAUUCUCUUAUCAUGUCUGAACUCUGGAAGCUGUGGUUUGUUGAAACUCUGGUCAGUGAGAACAAGCCAGGAUCUGAAACCAUGGUUUGAUUUUGGCCUGUUUUCGCUAACUGUAGCUUAAACAAGCUUCAGUUCCCUGAGUUUGAACACAGCAAGGAACUGUGGAUAGGUUAAAAUCUGAAACAUGUGCAUCUAAAUCUCCUUUUCUGGUGCAUGAAAGAGAAGAAGGGAAGGAGAGUGUGUGUGUAACCCCCAAGGCUUUCUGCACCUCACUCACAUAGCAGCAAAUCAUUCCCCCCCCCCCAAAUUAGGUCUGAACAGUGCCAUAUUGUGACUGUUAAACAAUGGCAUACCAUUGCAGUUUCUGAUACCUUUAUGUUAUAUCCUCACAUUUCAGAAGAGUGUUAUUUUAGGCACAAGCCAAACAACUACUUCUAGCUUCAGAACUGGAUUUAAGAAGGAUACUGGAAUCAUGUAGACUGACCUUGCAUUAUAGGAAUUGAUGUUUGAUGCAUUUCUCUUAUAUCAAAGAACUUAAUAAGCAAGGCUUUAUUACCGGGUUGAAAGCGGUGGGGAUGUUAAGACUCUGGAUUUAAUGGUCUCAGGCCUGACCCACCCAUGAGGUGGAGUGAAGCAGCUGCCUCAGGCGGCAAAACCACCUGAGGCAACAUCCCCGUGGGCACUCUGCCUGCCCACUACUUCUGCCAGAGGCAGGACAGGUAGCACAGCUGCAGCGGAAGUGGUUCCUGUUUCGCCUCAAGUGAUGAGACGCGCUGGCUCUAAAUGGUCUUGUGGGGCCUUGUCUUGAGAUGGUAGCAUGUGUUAAGGUCACUUCUUUUAUACAGUCGUACCUUGGAUCAUGAUCCGGAAGCUGUACGCUGGCUCCCUCGGCCAGUAAAGCGAGAUGAGCGCCGCAACCCCAGAGUCGUCUGCGACUGCACCUAAUGGUCCAGGGGUCCCUUCACCUUUACCUUGGAUCUCAAACGCCUUGGCUCCCAAACAAAUCGGCUCCUGGACGAUCGAAACCUGGAAGUGAGUGUUCCAGUUUUCGGACGAUUUUCAGAAGCCGAACGUCCGGUGCAGCUUCUGAUUGGCUGUAGGAGCUUCCUGCAGCCAAUCAGAAGCCACACUUUGGUUUCUGAAUGUUUUGGAAGUUGAACGGACUUUCGGAACGGAUUGCGUUCGACUUCCAAUGUACGACUGUAAUGUGAUAUGGCUUGCUGCAUUUGGGGGCCUUGCUGCUCAUUCUGUGAGCGGGAUCUUAGGCUUCUGUCCCAAAGUCCUGUUGUGGCUGCACCACUCAGAGAAUGCUUUACAUUCCUGUAAUAAACGUAAGGUGUGAGUAUUUGUAUUUAAGUUUACCACUGUAAGAAAUUCAGUGGGGAGGUUCUGCAGUGCCAACCAAGUGUGAUGAUAUUUAUGGUGCCAGUUAAAGAAAGUGCAUGGUUCAAUGACUGGAGCUGUGGAGUGUUGAAAACUGAAAAAACUCAGAGACUGAGUCUAAGGUAUGGUUGUCUGUUCUGUCCUUGAUCAUUGCUCAAGAUUAAAAGCUUGAUUGUGUGGCAAAAAUAGUUUGCAUAUCCUCCUUCCCUAAGGACCUAAUGCUUUCUCUUCACAAUUAAUUCUUAUUGGUACUUGUGAUGUUUUAAAGUUUUGCUAGUUGUACACAAAGAUGGUUUUUAUAUUUUUAAGAACCUCCAUCCUAUUCUCCUUUUUAACACUCAACUGAGAAUGUUGCUUCUCUUCCAAAACAUGGGGUUUGUUUGUUUUUUGCAGAGCAUGUUCUUCAAGAGCACCAUUACGCCAUACUUGAUUAAUUCAUCUCCAUUGGUUUAUCAGGAAUGCAAGUGAUUGACUGGUUUGUGGCAAGAAAGGAUUGGUUUUAAUUACAUAGACUGAAAUGUUUUAGUUGUGUGUUUUGCUUUGUUUUGGAUAUUUGUGCGCGCAGCUCUCUUUUUCAGCAUAAAAUGGUUCUGAUUUCUUUACAACAGGAGACUGAAGGGCUUCGGAUGUACAGUAGUGGCGACAAAUUCAUAGACUGUGCAGAUGUGUGUUUUUCUCAAGCUAGGUUGGAAAAAGGACUGGCUAUAAAUCCCAGGCUGGUCAGAGGGUGGAUUAGUUUAGAGGCCAGAGUGAACGAGGAAGUAGUUAAAUCGAGAUGAAAUUGACGUUUGCAGUACUAAGGGAGAACUCUGAGUUUCUUCUACAGGCUGAGAUGCAAACAGUGCUUUUCUGAACCUUUUAAAAAAACAAAACAGAAAACAAACACAUAAUCAUAGUAAGGUGCUGGUGUUUUUAUUUUUUUAAUUUUAUUUUAAAUUUGCUGGAGUCAACUGGAAAGAAGGGAGUGAAAAGGAAAUAUUGCUGUUUGGGGCAUGUCCUUUGGAGGCUUUUUGUGGAUCCAUGAAGACGUCUGGUUAAAACCCAUGAGAGAAAGUGACUGUUUAACAACAGUGGUGUAACAGCACUAGCAUCUAGGUGAAAUCAUGGCUGAAAUCCUAGAUACACUUCUGUGGAAGGAAGUCCCAUUGAACUCCAUGGGGCUUUCUUCCGUGUAGGGGUGUAUAGGAGUGCAUAGUAAAAUUGCAGCACCUCAGAGAAGAAAUGGUUUAAUGUAGUGUGAACUUUAGAAGGAAGCAGCCUGUAAAAUGGAGUAGGUUGCUGCCCUCUGAAAGUGUACAUUUUCAUGUUGACACGGUGAUAUAAUAAGCCUUUUCCCAUAGCAGUUUCUUCACGUAUGAAGGAGGCAGAGAUUAUUUUUAUUUUGCGAUUCUUAACAGUUUGUACUGUUCCAAAUGACAGUAUGCAGUGAAGGAACCGCUUGCUUAAUGAAUGAAAGCAAUGUCAUUAGAGACCUGGAUAAUUUCUCCCCUAAAUCUUUUCUCAGCUGACAGCACAAUCCUAUACAUGUCUACUGUACUCAAAAGCAGUAAAUUCAUUUAAGUUCAAUAGGACUUAUUCCCAAGUAAGUGGGCAUAGGACUGCAACCUAAAUGCAUUUUUUUGAACUUCUUCCAGUUUCAGUGAAUUUGGCCCUGUACUUAACAUAGUUUCAUCUUCCCACCCUCCCCUUCAUACCAGCUCACAGGCCAAUGAAGGAAUGCUCCUGUCCAUUGUUUUCUGUAUUCUUAAGGGACUAUACCUCAUAAUUUGGCUUGAAAUAAAUUAUGGUUUACCAAACUUGAAGGAAAAUUUAAACCCAUGCCUUUCUUUAACCAAAGAAAAAAACAAAAAAAAAAAACAUGAACCUUAGAGUAUGUCCAUUCAAGAUUCCCCAGGCACAUGUUGUGACUUUUUGGUCAAGACAUGCUACAGAAUACAAUUUUUUCUUUCUGUUCUUCCACGUUUGUCACACGUUUUAAAAUUUUAUUUAACCCAUUGCGUUUGAAGAAGUUUGCUUGGGAGAAUUCGGUCCUAUUUGCUGCUGCUGUGCAAACCUUACUGUGACCCUCAUCCACUAGGCGAAGUUUCGUGCCAGUGCUGGUAAAGAUAAUAAUCCAUCUCUAGAGAUGACCCCUAUUUGGGUCUGAUAGGAGCUGUGGGUCACCACCAAGGCACCAGGUUCCUAAAUGCUGGUGUGGGGCAGGUAGCAUUCUCUGCCCCUUCCUGUGUCUGGUUUUUAGAAUCAUAGAAUCAUAGAAUCGUAGAGUUGGAAGAGACCACAAGGGCCAUCCAGUCCAACCCCCUGCCGAGCAGGAAACACCAUCAAAGCAUUCUUGACAUAUGCCUGUCGGUUCCUGCACACUAUUGGUCUUUGCGCCUGCAGCAGGAGAAAGGACUAGGCACUCUUGAGCCACACUUCCAGUUCUCACUGUCUUACUGUUGUCUUAUCUUACUGUAUAAAAUUCCUGGUACAUAAGCUAAGACUUUAUUGACCCAGAAGUGUCAAUCAGAGGAAGGUACCCCGCAUCCAACUCUGUACUAUAGUGACAUCAUAUUGUGCGUUGUUGAGUUCCAGGUCACUUAUGCAAUAUUUUCCGUCAGGCAAAGCUGAUUUCUGCUGCUCUAGUACCGGGCCAUGCUGAGAGAGUAUUGGGAAAUGGCCCUUCUGUGUAUGCUGCUUUGUUCUAACCAUCACACUCAGUGGCUGGAUCGUGUUGUAGCUUUUCUUUAAAUCAUUGUCAUCCUAAGGGUUGGAUUCUUAUCAGUCAGCUGUGUGGGGGAAUAACCACACAGGGAUAUUUAUGUAUUUGCAGGGCAUUAGGUGCCUGUGAAUUUUGCAGGAUUUGCCAAGCUGGGCCAGCGGAAGAAUAAGAAUAAUACCACUGAAUGUAAACAGACAAAACGGAAAAAAGCUCUUAUAGCAGAAGGAAACAUAUAUGUAGCAAGUGUGUCGUUUUGAGUGGGCGAUUAGCAGAAGUUGUCAGGAGCCUCCGAUAGCUUGUUUUUUUCUAAAUAUAGCAAAUAAGAGUGAAACUCUCAUUUCUUAUGUACGGGUUAGUAUUGUCCUUCCAGUUUUAGCAGUGCUGCUAUACCAGACUUUUGUGUGCAUAUUAAGAAAAGGAAAGGUGUAUAUUAAUCUUUUGCUUAAUGUAGUUAAACUAAGAAAGGCAAUACUAAAAGCAUUUUUUCCCAAAUGUGAUGUUUUUACUGCACUGAUAGAAAUUGCGGCAUCUCUAGUAUACUGGUAACUCUUCAGCUGUAGGGAAAGUUUCAUGCUAGUUCGCACAAAUAUCUGUGUGUGAAUGUUACCCACAGGCCUCUCCUUCCUUCCUUCCUUCCUUCCUUCCUUCCUUCCUUCCUUCCUUCCUUCCUUCCUUCCUUCCUUCCUUCAUGAAAGAGGUGGGGCAACACUGCUGAAAGCAAAUGAAAUGUCUCACUUUCAGGACAAAGCUAAGAACUUAACUAAAGGUGCUGGGGUGGAGCUAAUAAUAACAGAGAACUUGUUAAAAAGCCAGUACAUUUUGAGGAAAUUUGAAGUACUUUGGUCUGGAAUUUCUAUUAGAAAAUAUAUGAAUUUGCCAUCCUUCUUUAUUAUUAUUUUUUACACUACUUUUUGUAUUUUUACUUUUUGCUUCUUUGCUAUGGUUCUAGAGUAGACUCUGUGUUCUAGAUGUUUCUAACUUUCUAGAGCUCACUGACUCCAUUGGAAGCAAACCCACCUGAUCAGGAUUCUGGAUCCCGGUUGGUUCAACAAGGAUUCCAUAAUUUUGAUCAACACGUUUUAUAGAUAAAGAAGGAUUAAAAUAUUUCUCUUACAAAAAAACUGUGACCUAAUGGCAAUAAUUACCUCAAACGUGGGCAUUCAUCUUGGUUUUAGCCUUUAAAAAUAAAAACAAACAAACAUGUAGCCAGCUUGAAUUUGCGAUUAAAUAUAUAUAUAUAUCUUAAAAUGCCCGCCCUGGUCAUUGUUGCUUUGAGUGAUUCUUUAAAAAUAAAACGAUGAAACCAAGGAUUAAAUUACUCUUUUAUGUAUUUUAAUUAAUUGUGAUAUUGAAAUGCACAUGUAAUUAUAUAUGUUCAUAGCUACUGUAAAGUGCUUCGACCUUCUCGAAGAUAUGUAAUGAAUCACAUUUUAAACCAAUAUGAACUGAACAACCGACUGUGGCUACUAAACAUUUUCUGGUUGCAUUUUAUAGUUAUGAUGUUUUAUAGUUUACAUUGAAACUGGUACUUUCUAACUAAAUGUUCUGUUUUAAUUAUACCUUCAGAAUCUCAACACUGCUGUCCCUUUAACAUUUUGAUUUUUUGCGCGCUCUCUCUUUUAAGUAGAACUGGUGUCUUCAAUGUGUACAUUCUGUUCUGAGAUAUAACAUAGUAGGUAGACGGUCAGACCAGAUAAUUCCAAAGUUAAGAGGAGCAAAUCACUCCGUACAUAUUAACAAGUAAAGCCCAACAAAUGACCUAUUUAUUUUUUAAUUAAGAAGAAAAUAAUAAUAAUUGAAGCUCUUGGGGACGAAUCAGGAAGCACAAUAAUUCCCAGCUAGCUCUUUCUCUUAGGCUCCCAUCCUAAACACACUUUACCUAGGAGUAAGCCCCAACAAACACAUUGUGACUUGCUUCUGGGUAAAGCGUGGGAUUAGAACCGCUGAAAUCUUAACCUGAACAGGCAGAACUAUCGUGAGAACCAAGUAUUCAAAGCAAGCGGUCAAUUGUAUAGCGAGUGGCUUGGAGCUCGUGCGCACACAGGUGGGUAAUUCCGCGGGGUUUGCCAGCUUUAUCAUCAUGGGAAGCAGAACCGCCUGCUUAGAAUUUCCUUGUAAAAAUGGCAAUUAUGGAUCACAGGUGCGUUAUGCAUUUACCUGUCCCUGAAAUUUUUUGGAAGCCUUGCACUUGGUAUGCCUCUCCCAAACCCUUCUGGGGUUGAUCAAUUGGCAGCUGUAUCCGUGGAAAUCUUACAAUGCAGAACUAGCUACCAGCAUCCCAUGCACAUGUCUCACAGCUGGGAAACCUGUGAUUAAGUCCUCAAGUACUGAGACAACAAAUCCUUGGAUUGUUUUGAGAAACAAUGACAGGCAGUGCUGUAUAAUUCUGUAAUCAUGCAGCCUAUCUCAUUUGUCACUUGGAAACCCCCUAAGCUAAAUAUGAAGAACUUGACCAGUACCUUGUAAAUUUAAUUUGCCUAUCAGCCAAUGACAGUUUAUCGGAUGCUGCUUCGUUUUCAUAUUAUCAGUUGUCGCGAAUUAUGUGUUUGGACGCAAACGGUCUUUGGCUUUCGUUUUUCUCGUUGAGUCCUACUUAUAUUUGUUUGACGUGUGAGGGUUUCUUUUUCUUACUGUCCGAGUAACCAAUGAAUGGAAAUGUUCUGCUGGGCAAAGAGGUGUUUUUAGGACAAUAAAUAUACAGGAACUGGCACAAAAAUGACUUUAUCCAAACAGCUGGGCUUCAUUGUGGAGCUGACAAUCUCAGCAAAGUUCCUAACAUUUGUUCAGCACUGGCAUUUUAAGGAGUUACAAGGAAAAGGCGAGGAACAGAUUGUUUUUAGGUCCUUGUUAAAAUCUGUGCUCCCACUGGAUUCAGGGGGAGCUCCCCGGCCCCUUCAGCCAAUUUAAAGCCAUGGUUUCCACAGUAUAGCUCACAUUACCAAAGUGAACUUGGCAUGUUGCUGUGCCGCCAUUUUGAAAGCCUAUUGGGAAGCCUGUUAGGAUUUUAGGCCUCAAGAAAACUGGUAGAGGUUGGGAUUCCCUAGCCCUUGGGCACGGUUAACAACGAAUCACUCUUUUGCCGCCCUUAGCAACCACUCGUUUCCCCUUUUAUAUCAACCCUAGUCGUGGAAAUAUCAGCAUACCCCACUGAAAGGGCUAUAGAUUGUCUUUCCAAACCCUGGGCUUGGAGUCUGUAAAGCACAAAGGAGUUUUUAACAUAGCCGUCUCCUCAGAAAGGGAAAUCCAGCCUUCCCUGCUUUCAUUUGGGGUGGUUGCAAGCAGCGCUUCUCUCUUUUCCUCUGUACAUGUUGGGAUUUUCCUUUUCCUUUCUGAGGUGGUAUUUCCCUCGGCUAUUCCGCAGCACGGCUAUCUGAGGUGCAGAAAACGCCUCCUCAUCCCUUGUGCUUUACCAGCAAAGUUAAAAAUAUAAAGCUAGGCAUUUCCCAGUGCCAAAUUUUUACACAGACAGAAUUGGAAUGUAUAAUCUGAAAAUUCUAUACCAAAAUCAGUAUUUUUUUUUCUUUCAAAAGGGGGGGAAAUAAUAGCUUUAUUAGAAAGGGGAGGAAGAAAGAAGAUAUAUUGGCCGUUAGAAUCUUUUUGUGGUAGUUAAAAUAAAAAUUGGGGAAGGUCUUUGUGAAUAUAUGGACUCUUUUAAACCAUAGUUGAAGGGAUGUUUUAUGCCUCUUGAUUUCCCGUAAACCCAGUAUACUUUGAAUUGAAUGAAAAACAGAUACUACAUUAAAAUUGUUUUUUUAAAAAAAAGGGUGUGUGUGCAAAAUUAUUGAAAUAUAUUCCAAUGCAGAAAGAAAAGACACCUCCCCACCCUUUCACCUGAUUUAUAUUUGUAAGGCUUUUGCUUUUUUUCUAGAUACAGUAUCAUCUCAGUUCAAAAAAACCCAUGAAAGCCCUGGUUGGUUGUAUUCUUUCACUGUACGGUUCUGUAUUGAGUGUUAAUCCAUGUUAAAACUUUGUGAAAAUUAUUGUGUGCAACCGUAUUUUCUUGUGCAUUGUUUCUUUUCUUUUUCUUUUUUCUUUUCUGUGAAUUGUCCCCUUUGUUUCUUUUCUUUCCUCCCACUUUUGUUACUUUUUUGUUUUCUUUUCUUCUGGUAAUGUCUUUGGGGGGAAAGAAAAACCAGAAAAGAAACUGACGUGUUGUAGAACUAUAUGUAACCUAUUCCUUAGUCUCAUAUUAUAGGUAUGUUAUAAGAAUGGAUAUUUUACUUGGCUUUAGAAUGUUUUACAAGAAAACUAAUUCUUAACCAAUCAAGUUCUUGCUACUAAAAAAAAAAGGAAAAAAAUGCUUGUGUUUCUCAUCAUGAUGUUGUGUGCUUCUAAUUAAUAAUCAUUUUCGUUGUAGAAAAAUGGAGUGAAUUUAUAUUAGACUUGAAAACUAAUAAUAGCAUUGUAAAUUUAUGAGAUGAUUUUAACAGAAAAAAGCAUUAUAGAAGAAUAUAGUUAUUUUAAUUGUAAUAUUACUAACUGUAGGGUGAGAAAGGGGCCCCCGUUGUGGUGAACUAUGUUAUAGCUUGUUAUUCACAGUUUCUUUUUGAUCAUUUUUUCGGUCUCUGAGGUGAAACGAGUUAUUAAUCAGAAUUUGUAAACUCACAUAUGCAUAUUGUAUAUGUGUAGAAAUGUAAUCACACUUUGUCUUGGAAUUACAUUAAACUGUUUUAAGUCA